UAAAAAUAAAAAGAUUAUUAUGUUUUUUUGUUGUUCUAUGCUUUUUGCAUUUGCAUUUCGCCUCGUAGAAGCAGAUAGACGAAAAAUCCAUUGUUGAGGUUAGAAACUCUUUGAAAUAUUUAGAGUCUUGUUUUUCUUCUUCAUCUUCAUCUUCAUUACAGGAAACUGAGUUGAAAGAUUGUUAAAGUCUAUCUGCAACAGAAUAUCUCUAUAGAGUAUAGACUGCUGAGUUGAAUUGUAUUCAAAGUCUGCAAUAUUACGUGGCGAUUUAUCUUGAUACAAUAAUGGCUCUUCCUGGUUCCCUGCAACUGUCUCAUGGAUUGGGACUUUGCAGGAACCUGAGCUCCAAUAAAGAUAUGAGGGUAAAGGGGAGAUGCAAGUUACAGUUGUUCAAUGCAUGUCCUUCAUAUCCAGUUUCGUUCAUGAAACAUGACUAUAGGGGUCUCCAACACCUCCGUCAUAUAAACAGGUCAACAAAUAGAUUGUCUUGCAGAUCCCGCUCUUUUAAAUGUCAUUGUUUCUUAGUGCCAGGCCAACACAUUCCUGCCGUUAAGGUGGCUACUACAGUGCUAACAAGGUGCUGUAAUGUGUUACAAAAUAGUCCAGUCGUUGUAAAGUUGAUUCCUGCUGUUGGCAUUAUCAUUUUUGCAGUAUGGGGUGUUGGUCCAUUAAUGUUUCAGACAAGGAAACUAUUUUUUCAGAAGAGUGAUAAUAGCUGGAAAAAAAGUACCACUCAUUACAUAGUUACUUCAUAUCUUCGACCAUUACUGUUAUGGACUGGAGCCAUACUUAUUUGCAGAGCAUUUGAGCCAGUAAUUCUACCUACAGAAACUAGCCAGGCUGUUAAGGAACGACUUCUGAGUUUCGUUAAAUCAUUGUCGACUGUAGUGGCUUUUGCCUAUUGUUUAUCAAGUGUAAUUCAACAAGCACAGAAAUUUGUAACAGAGAAUGCAGAUACAAGCGACACAAGAAAUAUGGGAUUCCAAUUUGCAGGCAAAGCUGUUUAUUCUGCAGUAUGGAUUGCUGCCUUUUCAUUGUUUAUGGAAUUGCUAGGCUUCUCUACCCAGAAAUGGGUUACAGCAGGAGGUUUUGGGACAGUUUUGUUGACUCUUGCUGGUCGUGAGAUAUUUACAAACUUCCUUUCAAGCGCGAUGAUUCAUGCAACUCGGCCUUUUGUGGUAAAUGAAUGGAUUCAAACGAAGAUUGAAGGAUAUGAGGUUUCUGGCACUGUUGAGCAUGUUGGCUGGUGGUCUCCAACAAUUAUACGAGGCGAAGACCGUGAAGCUGUACACAUUCCAAACCACAAAUUUACGGUGAAUGUUGUGCGGAACCUCACUCAAAAAACACAUUGGAGAAUCAAAACCCACCUAGCCAUUAGUCAUUUGGAUGUAAAUAAGAUUAAUAUCAUUGUUGCUGACAUGCGGAAAGUAUUAGCCAAAAAUCCUCAAGUUGAGCAGCAGAGGUUGCACAGGAGAGUAUUUCUUGACAAUAUAAACCCUGAAAAUCAGGCUCUUAUGAUUCUCAUUUCUUGUUUUGUCAAGACCUCACAUUUUGAAGAAUAUUUGUGUGUUAAGGAAACUAUACUAUUGGAUCUUCUUAGAGUUAUCAGCCAUCACCGGGCCCGGCUUGCAACACCAGUUCGUACCAUACAGAAAAUAUAUAGUGAUGCUGACUUGGACAACAUACCGUACGCAGAUUCCACAUUCAAUGGUGCUGGAACAGUAUCUAACCGUCCAUUAUUAGUGAUCGAAUCACCUUACAAGAACAGUGCAGAUGAUAAAACGAAAAGUCGAGCAGCACGUGCAACUGUUGAUCAAGAUAACAAAACAGCUGUGAAAACCAAACUUGAUACCAAGACAGACGACAAGGUUGGACCAAUAGGAGCACCAGAUACCAAGGUUAGAGGAACGCAAGAUGAAUCUGAGGUGGAUGCCAAAGUCAUGGCAUCUAACUCUGAUGCAAAUGGAAACUCUAAACCCGAUUCUGAAAUGGGUGAAAACAAGCCACUCAAAUCAAAUGUAAACAAGGUAAAUGUGGAGGUGCCAACCAUGUCUUCUAAUUCUACCCCAAAAGUACCUGGUUCCGAAGUAGAUAACUCAACCCAGAAGGACAUCCAUGUCAAACAAUCCAAGGGUCAAACCAUUAAAAACAUCAAACCGAACCUCGACUCUGACAAUCUAGUGUCCUCAUCAACAAACAACACUGACAAAGGCAGUGGAAAUACACAAACAAAACAGCAAGGAGAAAGGAAACCUGCUGCAUCCAGGCCUAUUCUUGAAGAGAAUAUAGUACUGGGUGUUGCAUUGGAGGGAUCAAAGAGGACACUUCCUAUUGAUGAGGGGAUUGACCCUGUGGCAACUCAAGAGGCAAAGGAAAUGGCUUCACACCAGGGUGGAAAUGGUUCUCCAAAGGCUUCAGAUGGGAAUGUGAAGUAAUGGUAGUUGCUCAUAGAUGAAUAUUUAGUUAUCAGCACUUUUAAGCACACACUACUGAUAGUUUGAACCACAUUCCCAUCCAUCAGAAGCUGUAUAUAUUAUCACUUCAUGUAAUUCACACACCCCUCAAAGGUCUUGAGCUAUAUUGUAAUAUUAAUUCACUAUUUUUGCUGUUUCAGCAAUGCAUAUAUUGUGUCAAUUGACUACCCAUGGAUUUAUCUUACCAGAAGAUAACCCAUGAUGAGGAAUGAGAAAAAAGAAUAAAAUAAGCAUGAUCUCCCUUGUUUUUUAAUAACAUGACACUGAUUUGUCAUGAAAUAUAAAAACUUUCUUUACAA